AACGACCAAUCAGCGAGGCCCUUCUGUCGUGGUGCGGUGAAUGGACCAAUAGCGGGCGCCGUAAGUACGAGCGUGCGCAUGCGCGCAGGCACUACCAGGCAGCAAGAUGGCGGACGCCAUGAGCUCCUCAGACGACGGCGAUUCUGACGGGAAAAAGUGCAUAAUACAUGUUUCAAAUGGCCGAUCAACCGUUUCAUCGUUUUCAGAGAAAAGCUGGACAAAAUUCAUAGCUUGUGCAGGUAGAUGGAAGAAUGCGGGGGAAUCCGAAAUCGAAGAAAUCGUGAAAAAAGCGGAGGAAAACAUCGGCAUGCCAAUAGCACUCGUGGAAGGAGAUGUACCGGAAUCAUUGUCAAAGGAUGCCUUGCACCUGCAUGUAAAGAGGGCCAAUUACCGGGCAGCCAUUUACAAGCGGGCCCUGGAUGCACGUCCUGAAGUGCCGUCUCCACACAGAAGAGGGUGGAAGGUCAUCGGCGAUGACAUCAGUAUCCACUGGAUGGAUCUACCCCCUGCCCCAGACAGUGUCGUGGAAUUUGCCCAUUGUUCUUGUAAAAAAAGUCAAUGUACAAAAGGCAAGUGUAGCUGUCUCGAAAAGAAACUGCCAUGCACAGACUGGUGCAAGUGCACAAACUGUGAAAACAUUCCAGGUGAAGAGCAGCGCACUUCACCCGAAAGUAAUGAUUCAGAUAUUGAGGAUUAAAUUAACCAUCAUGAACAUGUUUGGCUAUCUAAAUAUGGAAUAAGAUUGUCACUUCAGAAGCGUUAAAUCACACAUUCUGCUUCCAAUCCCACUUAAAUAUUUCCAAAUAUGAAUCAAAAGGACUCGUUUUUAAAUAACUUACAUUGUUAUAGGGACAUA